GCGAUGACCGAGGCUCAGUCUCACAUUAAAAUGGCCGCAUUUUAGUCUACAGAGUAUACUUUUCUUUACUGUUUGCCAAUAUCCCGUGCUGAGGGCUUGGCGGUGUUCGCUACGCGGUGUCGCCGAUCUGUUUCGCUGGAAAUUUCACGGUAUCGUGUGUCGCGCUCAAAAUUUCCGUGAAAUAGAACGAACUAGACCAGGUUUCCCCGUGUAGAUUUUCAUAAGAUGUUACGUCAUCAACAUCACGCAAUGCAGAAUCAGCUGCGAGAUAACAGAAUGGCAGGUCCGAUGCGGCCUAUGCAGCAGGCUAAUUUGCCCCCUUUACAUCAGCCGCAGCAUCUGUUGCCGCAUCGGAAUCCACAUCAACCGAUACUGUCCAUGCCCCCCCAUCAACAACAUAUGCAUCACAUGCAGCAUCCUGGCCCGCCGCAUGGAAAUCCCAGACAGCCGAUGUUGAUGGGCAUGAACACGCACAAUGCAAAUAAUACCAUGGUUAGCGUUAGCAUGAAGGACCAGACGAACACAGUCUCAGUGACUCUUCAGAACUCAAACAUACAGUCCCAGUACCAUCAGCAACAACAGCAACCGAAUAACCAACCGAACCAAUCUCUCCAGCAACAAGCGCAGCAGCAGCAAGUGCAGCAGCCGCAAUCACAACAGCAGCAACAGCCACAGCAGCAUGUGUCGCAACAGACCGUCGUAGAACAAACAAAAGUGGUGACGAACGACGGCAGCGGAGGAGAGUCCAGGGACGACGGCUCGUCUGGCCAGAAUCACGCCAACGCAACCAAUCCAGCAUUGGCAAACAUGAAAGAAAAAACACCCAUGUGUUUGUUAAAUGAGCUGGCGAGAUUCAAUAGGGUUCAACAUCAGUAUAGACUCACUAACGAGCAAGGACCGGCGCAUAAGAAGAGAUUCACGGUGACGUUGAAGCUCGGUGAGGAGGAGUAUAUCGCGGAGGGUCCUAGUAUAAAGAAGGCUCAACAUAGCGCAGCGACAGAGGCGUUAACGAAGACCUGGUACCGUCAGCCACCGCCUAAACCCACCAAGGCCAUGAGGAUCGGUCAUUUAGGCAAAUGUCCAACCGGCUCUGGACAUCUGCCUCCUACCGUUGAACUGAACGCUCUAGCUAUGAAACGCGGCGAACCGACCGUCUACACGUUUCGACAAGCUCCACCGGCCGCAUUGCAGCACCAAUAUGCUGUGACACAUGGUUACGGCAACUUCCCACGAAUGUUUAAUCCACGACUCCCGUACAAUCGCGGGGUUCAUACGGAUCUUCAGGGAUUAUAUCUGGUCACUCUGAAGGUUGGCGAGCGCGAGUUCACAGGCAGAGGUCUGACCGGGCAAGCGGCCCGUCACGACGCGGCCAGCAGGGCCUUGGAGCAGUUACGCCAAUUACCACUGCCUGAGGAAGUCGCGAACGCCAACAACGCCAACGAAAAUGGCACGUUGAGCGGAAUCGACGAUCCGAAUGCAGAACUGAAGAGUCCAGUAUCGUUGGUCCACGAGACCGCUCUGAAACGCGGGUUACCGGUGAGCUUCGAGGUUGUGUCGGAAAGCGGUAAACCUCACAUAAGAACCUUUAUGACGAAGUGUACUGUCGGCGACAAAGUCACCGUGGGGGAAGGAUCCUCGAAGAAGGUAUCGAAGAAACGUGCCGCCGAAUUGAUGUUAGAAGAAUUGAAGCGUCUUCCUCCGUUACCCGCCAGUAUACAAAACCGGUCACUGCGAGUCAAGCGUAAGCCACCGGCGACGAAGAAGAAAUCUCGUAAUUUAAUUAAAGUCUAUCAAGAGCCCCGCUCGGAGAACGAAGCCGCGGAGGAGGUUAAUCCGGUCUCGCGUCUGGUUCAGAUUCAGCAGGCGAAACGGGAACGAGAGCCCGUCUACAAUCUUAUAGACGAGAAGGGCGCGCCGAGACGCCGAGAAUUCGUCAUGGAGGUGACUAUGGGUCAGCAUUCAGCUCAAGGGAUCGGACCUAACAAGAAAUUGGCCAAACGAGCCGCCGCCGAAGCUCUUUUGACACAAUUGGGAUAUAGUAAACCAUCGCCGCAACCUGCUAAGCCAUCCAUCAAGACUGGAGACAGUGAGAGUACGGAGACGAAGCCCAGGAAGGUGACGUUCCUCGAGGAUGAUCAAGUAAACGAUAUUCAACCUCAUUCGGUAGGAGGUACCAUCGGCCGCCAGUUAGCACCCGGCCUUUUACUGGUGGACGGAGGUCAAGAAUCUAAAUUAGGAGGUGGACCCAGUGUACAGAUAGUCGCUGAAGAGUUGCGCGGACAACAGCAGCAGAACUCUGCCGGUGUCUCGCCCAAGGAUCAGUUGCACUAUCUAUCUCAGUUACUUAACUUCAGCGUAGAAUUCAGCGACUUCCCGAAGGGAGGAAUGUCCAUAAACAAGGAAUACCUAUCGCUUGUAUCGCUCAGCACCGAUCCACCGCAAGUUUGUCACGGGAACGGGGCGACAAUAGCCGCGAGCCGCAAUCAAGCGGCGCUAAAGGCUCUUCGUACUCUCACGAAACUGGGACUUGAUAAUGCUGCGAAUGCGCAAGCGAAGAAGGACAAAGGUGCGUCUGGUGAUGGAAUACACAUUAGCAUUCAAGUUAAAAACAACAUUAUGGAUGGAGCUAUCGAUAAGUAACCGAAUAGCGUUUAAGACUCGCAUACAACGUUGGAGUUAUAUUUAUGCUUCUUUAAGACACUGCGAAAGAGAGAUCAUUGUUUAAUUUUUCUUUUUUACUAUGAAAUUUAUCGCGGUAUCAAUAGAGAAUUGAUCAAUGCCAAGAAUUAUCGCUACACGCGGAUUUUUAUUAUUUGUGGACAUAUUUACAUAUUAUUUUAUGUCUCUUUCCUGCUUUUUACUACGGUUGAAUGGCCUUAUACUUCUCAAAGGAAAAGUAUAUUCGUCUAUCGUAGAAAAAUUAUAAUUUGUAAUGAGACUCUUUGCCAAACAGGACCAUCACGUGACAAUGUACGAUGUACAUUUAUUUUAUGUAUUUGAUUUUAUAGCUUAGAAAAUAUCAUUUACAUAACUGAAUUACGACAAAAAGUCGAGCAGAGAAAUCCGACGAGACGUCCAGUCGAUGUAUAUAAUUAAUGAUGCAUUGCUUGAUUAUUAUGCAGAACUUUCUUAAUCUUUCACAGUGUCUUAAUUAUAUUGAAAUGCCGUUCAAGCACCAAUAAGCCAUGUGUAUUUUAUGACUGCGUGAGAAUAUUUUUGUUCAAUUAGUAAUAACAAUCUGAUCAGUCACGUUGGAUAAACCCGAGCUUCUGUGACUGUCGGAGAUGCGUUACUAUCGACUGUACUGUAGACAACGGCGUAUCAUUGAACGACUCGUAUAUAUAUAUUUGCAGUUUUCGCAAAAUUAAUUUAACAUCAUGCGGGAAACGUCACGAGAAACGUUCAUUAUUGGUGCUUGAUCGCGGUUGCGAUCCUAGCAGUGACCAAGCUAUAACCGCUAUAUAUUUAUUGUGUAACGUUUUCAUUGAGAGGAUCGCAAUCGAGGUGCGAAGAAUAACUUAUCCACGAGAAUUCGGGAUGUUCAUUCGCCAGUUAGAAUUGGCCAAUGAUCAUAUGAACACUCGGUAAAAACGAUAAGCAAAGUCACGAAAUCUGGAGAUGAAAUGCGACCAUCUCUUCAUUUCUGAAUUACGAGUUCCUUGGCUUUCUCAUUAUUACGAAUGAAAGAAAAAGAAGCUAUGUCUUAUUACCUAACGCUGAAGCGCGAAUUAACGAUUGUAUUAUCAUUUCUUUCUUUUUUCUUUUCUGUUAUGUUAUGUUAUUUUGCUCUUUUUUUGCUCUCGUGUGAUCAAUUGGGUUAUACAGUACGCACUUUUUUUGUCGUUUCAUCGAACACAAAGCAGACCUCGAAAUUAAUUUCUAUUGUAUCGCAUGUGAAAGUGAUUUAUCAUGUCUUUUUCCAGAGAAUACUCUGGCCAUGUUAGCUAGAGACAAGUGAUUAUGUGAAAGAUUCAGUAACUAUUGUUUAAUUGGUAAAAAGCCAUACCAUAGGUAAUGCGAUAUACAACUCUCUCCACGCCCCAGUUUGCUUUUCUACAGGGGCCAGAAGCAUUCUGGAGCUCGUACAUUCAUAUUCCGUAAAAUAUUGAGAAGUGAAGGAAAUAGAAAUUUCCAUACACCUAUCUAUCUAACUAUCUUCAGCGGUGGAUAAGUAAUGGAUACGCUGUGUAUCGGAAAUUUCGCUGAAUCUUAAAAAAAAAAAAGAGAGAAGAAAAGUGAGAACGGAGGAAAGACGAGAAAGGUAAUAACUCAAAAUUUGUUCCGUCGCAUCGAGAGACCAUUACGGAAUUGUUUUAAUUUUCAACAAACUGAUCCCGUGAGUCAAUGGUGAAUUUUGUCUUGUUGCUCGAAGGAGAAGAGAGAGGGAGAGAGCGAGCGAAAGAAACGUUAAAACACAAAGAAAACUCGAUAAUGAACGAGGAACGGGCACUGAGAAACGGUACAGACUUCGAGUAAUCGCGUUGCUUUUAUUUGUCGAAUUUCGAGGGUUCCUUUUGCGUACUCAAACAGCACGACAUGCCGAAUGUUUGUUAUUUCGUUGACGACGUUUCGUACCGCAGAGAUCUUUGUACCGGCGUUCUCAAUCUCAGCCUGUCUUCUCAUUCAUUGUUCGCGUACACCACAACCCGAUUUAUUGAACAACGAACAGUUGUUUGGAACUGUUAUUGUUCAUUAAACUCGUGCACGUACUGAUUUCAUGGCGCCCACUCAUUACAUCGUAGAUUGCGUAACUAAUUUUGUCGAGAUGAUUUCCGAGAUAAUGUUGGUUACAUUUGAUCAUUCAUUGAAGGCCAUUUGCGAGAAAUUAAUUUAUUGAUUCUUCAGAGGAACUCAUGGAAAUGAGCCGUCUCCCUCGGUCUGAUCAUGCGUCGCUUUAAUAGGUGGGCCUUUCUUGUUCAUGUGGCAUUCAGUAUUAUGAGACAUAGUGGUAGAUCUCCCAUUAUAUAUACAUACGUAUAUAUAUACAUAUAUAUAUAUAU